CUCGCGGCGAAGUCGGUCCUCCCGGUGGCGCGCCGCAAUCCUCGGGCAGCCCUGCGGCUUCCAGGGCGUCGCGGCCGGGGGCGCGCAGCGCCGCUCCCUGAGGUGAUCAUGGAAACAGGUGGCCUCCCCCUGGAGCUGUGGCGCGUGAUCUUAGCCUACCUGCACCUGCCUGACCUGGGCCGCUGCAGCCUGGUUUGCAGGGCCUGGUAUGAGCUGAUCCUCAGCCUUGACAGUACCCGCUGGCGGCAGCUGUGUCUGGGCUGCACCGAGUGCCGCCACCCCAACUGGCCCAACCAGCCCGAUGUGGAGCCUGAGUCGUGGCGGGAGGCCUUCAAGCAGCAUUACCUGGCCUCCAAGACCUGGACCAAGAACGCGCUGGACUUGGAGUCCUCCAUCUGCUUCUCUCUGUUCCGCAGGAAGAGGGAGCGCCGCACCUUGAAUGUUGGGCCGGGCCAUGAGUUUGACAGCCUGGGCAGUGCCUUAGCCAUGGCCAGCCUCUAUGAUCGAAUCGUGCUCUUCCCAGGUGUGUACGAGGAGCAAGGCGAGAUCAUCCUGAAGGUGCCAGUGGAGAUUGUGGGCCACGGGAAGCUGGGUGAGGUGGCCCUGCUCGCCAGCAUUGACCAGCACUGCUCAACCACACGCGUGUGCAAUCUUGUCUUCAUGCCAGCCUGGUUCUCACCAAUCAUGUAUAAGACCACUUCGGGUCACGUCCAGUUUGACAACUGCAACUUUGAGAAUGGUCACAUUCAGGUCCACGGCCCAGGAACCUGCCAAGUGAAAUUUUGCACCUUCAAAAACACCCAUGUCUUUCUGCACAAUGUGCCCUUAUGUAUGCUGGAAAACUGUGAGUUUGUGGGCAGCGAAAACAACUCCGUAACUGUUGAGGGUCACCCAUCGGCAGAUAAAAACUGGGCCUACAAGUACCUGCUGGGCCUUAUCAAGUCCUCUCCCAUCUUGCUCCCUGCAGAAGACAAUGAGUUUUUAAUGUCCUUGGAACUAGAGAGCCGGGACCAGGCCUGGAGCCCAAGGACCUGCGACAUUGUCAUCGAGGGCAGCCAGAGUCCUACGAGCCCAGCCUCUAGCUCUCCAAAACCGGACUCCAAGACUGGCUCCCAGGAGGCAGAAGUGGGCAGCGAUGGGGAGAGGGUGGCCCAGACUCCAGAGAGCAGCGAUGGUGGCCUGAGCCCCAGCGGGGAGGACGAGGACGAUGAGCAGCUCACGUACAGACUGUCCUACCAGGUGCAGGGCCCGCGCCCUGUCCUGGGCGGCUCCUUUCUGGGCCCUCCACUACCAGGAGCAUCCAUUCAGCUGCCCAGCUGUCUAGUGCUGAACUCACUGCAUCAGGAGCUGCAGAAGGACAAGGAAGCCAUGGCACUAGCCAGCUCUGUUCAGGGCUGCCUCAUCCGCAAGUGCCUCUUCCGGGAUGGGAAGGGUGGCGUCUUCGUCUGCUCUUAUGGCCGAGCCAAGAUGGAAGGAAACAUCUUCCGGAACCUGACUUACGCAGUGAGGUGUAUACACAAUAGCAAGAUUGUCAUGCUCAGGAAUGAUAUUUACCGCUGCCGGGCAUCAGGCAUCUUUCUUCGAUUGGAGGGUGGAGGCUUGAUCGCUGGCAACAACAUUUACCACAACGCAGAGGCUGGUGUGGACAUUCGGAAGAAAUCCAACCCACUCAUCCUGUGUAACCAGAUCCACCACGGUCUUCGAUCUGGUAUUGUUGUCCUUGGCAAUGGGAAAGGCGUCAUCAGGAACAACCAAAUCUUUUCAAAUAAGGAGGCGGGCAUUUAUAUCCUGUACCACGGAAAUCCAGUUGUGAGUGGAAACCACAUCUUCAAGGGCCGCGCAGCCGGCAUUGCAGUGAACGAGAAUGGCAAGGGCCUCAUCACAGAAAAUGUCAUCCGUGAGAACCAAUGGGGAGGGGUAGACAUCCGCCGUGGCGGCGUCCCGGUCCUCAGGAGCAACCUCAUCUGCUUUGGCUACUCGGACGGUGUGGUCGUGGGAGAUGAAGGCAAAGGACUGAUAGAGGGAAACACCAUCUAUGCUAACAAAGGCUGUGGUGUGUGGAUGAUGUCCUCCAGCCUGCCCCAUGUCACCAGCAACCAUGUCAGCUACAACGGCCUGUAUGGAGUGGCAGUGUUCAGCCAGAAGGAUGGCUCCGGUGAGUUCCCUGGAGGCCACGGGGCCCAGGAGAACUUCAGUGAGGAUGGGGACGCCAUCCUCUGGGAGACAGAGCUGGAGAAAGAGGACGACCCACUGCGCAGGCCCGUCACCGUAGCUCUCGUGGAGUCCAACAGUAUUAAUCACAAUGGAGCGUCAGGACUCUUUGUCCAGAGCAGCGAGGCGCUGCAGGUCGUCACCAAUGUGAUCCAUGCCAACGGGGACAGAGGCAUCACCAUUGUUCAGAGCAGCCAGCUCACGCGGGUGACCAACAACAGCAUCUCCUGCAACCGCCAGAGUGGGGUCAAGGUCGAAGCCCAGUGCAAGGUGGAGCUCCGGGGCAACGGUAUCUAUGACAACAGAGGCCAUGGCAUCAUUACUAAGGGUGACAAUACUGCUGUUGUGGAAAAUGACAUCAUUGGCAACCGGGGCAGUGGACUGCAGUUGCUGCCCAGGUCUGACACUAAGGUCCUGAAGAACCGGAUCCACUCCUUCCGCGCCUACGGCAUUGCAGUGCGGGGCCGUGCUAAGGCCCUGGUGCAGGAGAACAUCAUCUUCCAGGGGAAGACCAACAAGACCAUCUUCCAGCAGAUCACUAACAACCGAGAAUGCAUCAUGCAGAACAAUAAGUUCCUGGUCUUCAAGAAGAAGUCUGACACUUGGCGCCUGGUGAAUCCACCAGCACGGCCUCACCUUGAAAACUCAGUCAGGGGCUCCUCUGGGUCCCACAGUGGGCAGAAGGUGACGGCCAUGGCAACCAGGAUCACAGCCCGUGUGGAAGGUGGUUACCACAGCAACCGCAGCAUCUUCUGUACUAUCCUGUAAGCAAGAAGACUUGCCUCAGCCCCAAGCCCCAGUAGAAGAGCUCAGAAGAGCUAGAGGCUAAGACUCUUGGGAUGGAAGUUAAGCCUGGGAAGACUCCCAGCCCCACCCCCAUCCUACACACCACCACUCCUGAAAAGAGGGUCCUAGGCCUCCUGGGGACUAAGAACAAGGUACUUCUAAACCCUUUACUCCACAGCCUUUAUCAGGAAGGACCUUGGAAACAUUCCCCCAGGAGAAAAAGUAAGAGCAAUUGGGAAUGUUCCAGCACUUAGAGGUUAGGAAGAACUAGGGAGGGUCAAACAGCACAUGCAGAUUUUAGGUCAAUCAUUCCACACUACAGAGAACCUCACUUUACACAGACCAAACCUAGACUCUUCUCAGGGAAGAGAGUCCUUCUGAUCAAGGAAAGUAACUGUGGUGAGGAAGACAACUGCUGCCUUUCCAGGGCCUGCCCUCUUGGUCCCUCAGGGGACAGGACUGCCUCCCAGCUGCCUCUGGGGACUGCAGUGUUUAAAGACAGUUCCAGACUGGCACAUGGCCCUGGGAGCAAGGAAGGGGCUGGGAGCAAGAAGGUCCUCCUGAAAAGCUGUCCCAGGAAUGAUGAGGGGACACACUAAAAUAAGAGGGGCAGGUGGCUGCCUCAGGUGUGCAGGCAGGUGCUGGGCUGGGCCGUGUGAAGAACGAAGCUCCACUGUCCCUAAGGAGCCCCCAGGUUCAAAGCAUUAGCUCAGUGCCUGCCACAGGGUUAGGGCUGUGCGUGGACACUACUCUGCCCCUGCAAGCUUCAGCCUGUCUAGGUGGAGGUGCCCUCCAGCGUGUCCGGAGCCUCAUGGAUGACCAGCUGCCUAGACCAGCCCUACCGUGUUUCCCACUCUGUGCCUUGGCUUGAGCUUGUUUUCCUUCCCGGCAUGCCCUCCCAGCUAUCCCAGCUAUCUCCGUGUGUGCAGGCCCCACCUCUCACUCCAGGGUUAGCUCAGACACUGCCAUCUCCGUGUAACUCCCGUUGCUCCGGUGAUAGUGUCCCCCCACCCCAGCCUCACCCUCCCGUUCCCUCUCAGGGCACUGAGCACUUUCUGCCUUGCUUUGGAACUCUCUGGGUCCAUACCCUGUCCUGCCUGUUUACCUGUGAACUCUCCGAAGGUAGAGCCCCUUCUGUCUGUGUCCUUAAGUCCCAGCCCAGAGCCAGAGUUGAGUUAGUGGCCUAAGUGAUGGGAAGGCCCACUCCCAAAGGGCUUCCCUAGACUGUACUGUGAAUGUGACAAGCUUUGAGAGCAAGGUGGGCUUGGACCCCACUGUGGAAGGGGACUGCAUGCAGGGCCAGCUCCGCCUUGAUCACCCCCUUUCCCACUUGGCCUUUACUGCAGGGCCCUCACCAGCCUUUGGGGUCAGAUCCCAUGCUGGUUCUGUGGAGCCCUAGGUGCUGCUGUUGGGUGGGUGGGAGGGGGAGCUCUGACUUCUCCCUAAGCACUCUGGGAACAGGAACCCUGGUCUUUCCCAUCUGCAGUACUGCCCAUGCACUUGUCUGGUGGCCCCAAUAUGAGUCGCUGUAUAAAACGCUGCCUUUGGUAUUUUGUAAGAAAUGACUUUUCUGUGAAUCAAGUACUUACGAAAAUCUCAAUAACCAAAAUAAAGCUCUAUAUAUUUUAAAGGAGGCACUUCCGGGUCUUAACUGGGCCCACACAUUUGCUGCAGUUCCAAGGGACCGGCAGGCUUCCCCGCAGGUGCCACUGAGACCGCAGAAUCAAAGCUCUCGUUGUACCAGUUUGCUCCCACCAGGGCUCAGGAUUCAAGGCUGCAGGGCUACAUUUCGGGGCCUCCAUACCAUCCAGAGUCCUGCCCAGGGGCCUGUCUGGAGAUAACCACUGACAUUGCCUCCAUACAGGUCACCCGGUGCACCAAGGGGCUUCAGAUACAUGAGCAUGUCUCCCUGGAUUGGGUUCUCCCUCAGCAUGUACCCACUCAGCUCAUGAGCUCGGUGUUAGAACUGUUUUCACAUCUCUUGUGUGAGUGUUUCUAUGUGAGCCUGUGUCACAGCACACAUGUGAAGGUCAGAGGACAACUUUGGGGAAGUUGGUUCUCUGCUUCUCGCUUCUCCCAGGUGGGUUCCAGGGAGUGAACUCGGGUCAUCUGGCUUGGCAGCAAGUGCCUUUACCGAACACUAAGCCAUCUUCUGGCCUAGUAGUAAAUAAAUACAUCUGUUAUGUUUUCUUAGUCUUAAAAGCAGCCCACCCGAGCUAAGGCAAACCCAUCUUCUGAACUUUCUUCUGAUAAGGGGUGUUCAGAGUCAGCUCCCUCUCCUGACUUCCCUUGUGGGCUUCUUAACCAACUGCUUUGUUUUUCAAGCUGCCCCGGAUUAGCUGAAGCUUCCUCCCAAAUGUUGGCAUUAUAGGCUUGUGCCACCAUUCCCAGCCCAGACUGUGUUGCCAUGAGCUGUUUUAUGCAUCUCUUUCAUCCAGUGUGGAGCAGUCUGUUUCCUACAGAGAACUGAUUUCCUGGGGGCGGGGGGUGUCAGAGUACCAGGUAUCCUGUUACUCUCUGCCUUUCCAGUUGAGGCAAGCUACUCUGGGAACUAGUGCUUUUCAGUGAGGCCAGCAGCUAGGAAGCCAAUGGAUUUCCUGUCUCUGCUUCCCGGUGUUGGGUUGGAACUCAGGUGUUUGUGGGACUCUUAACUGCUGAGCUCUCUCCAACCCCGUUUUUGUUGCUACGGGUGUAUGCGCACCACAGCCCACAGUGGAGACAGGACAACUUGCCUGUGCUGGUUAUCCCCUCACCAUGUGAACCCAUGACAGGCUUCCAAUCAGUCUGUCUUAAACUCACCUGCAGAACCAUGGCCACAAGACCAUUUGGUACUGUCUAAAAAGACUCAAGCCUCUAGCGCAGCUCCCCUCCCCAGACCCCAGGAACUUUAUUACAACAGCGGGUCUGUCAAGGUCUGAAUCCAAAACCAAGUGAGACCCUCAUGAUGAUGGUCCAUGCUUUCCACGUUGUAUUCAUCGCCAACCAUGCCCCUCUGCGUGGUUUCCAUGGGGAGGGAAAGCCGUGGUUAUCAUUCCUGACUGGGCUCUGCUGUGCUGUAGUAGGCUGUUCAUUUAGAUCCCACUGCAGGCCCUCCUCC